CUUGUCUUUAACACCACAUAGUCCUUUAGCUUUUACAAAGAUCUUUCACAGGUCUGGAAUCAAAUAAGCAAGGAAUGAGUUUUCAAGACUUGCAAAUUGAUCAAUGGCUAAAAGAUGCGGUUCACGCUCGCGGGUUUACUAAAAUGACGCCUGUUCAGACAAACACCAUUCCUCUUUUUUUGAGAAACAAAGACGUCGUCGUGGAAGCAGUAACUGGUUCAGGAAAAACGUUGGCUUAUUUAUUACCUGCUAUUGACAAAAUUUUGAAGCGAGAAUCUGAUGAGCACGGUUUGGGUGCACUUAUAGUUGCUCCUACUCGUGAGCUGGCAAAUCAAAUCUUUCAUGUCACUGAAGAGCUAUUAGUAUAUCAGCCAGAAGAGCUUGCGGAUCAGAAAAAGCUUGUACCUGAUAUGUAUAUUGGCGGAAAAGGAACACUGUCAAAUGAUUUGACCUCUUUUCGAAAAAAAAAUCCUACGAUUGUUAUUGGGACACCAGGUCGUUUAAACGAAAUGUUGGGACAAAUUUCCAGUAAAAAUCUAGCUAUUUUAAUUUUAGAUGAAGCAGAUACUCUUAUUGACAUGGGUUUUCAAAAAGCUUUGCAGUCCAUUAUCGCACAAUUACCAAAGCAAAGGCGUACCGGUCUUUUCAGUGCUACUAUGAAUGACACGGUUUCAUCAUUUUUAAAAGUAGCUGGCCUUCGGAAUAGUGUUCGUGUUUCGGUUACAGUUACAUUGAAGAAAGAGGACACCAGAGCACCAUCCUCUUUGUCAAUCCAGUCAUAUGUUUUACCUCCCAUGUUUAAGACCCAAGGAAUGCUUCAUAUGCUCCAAAAUCAACAGUAUGAUAAGGCGAUUGUUUUCUUUCUUUCUUGUGCAACUGUCGAAUAUUUCUACUCUUUGUUGUCUCAGAUGAAACUUCCAUUUGAAGUGAUUGCCUUGCAUGGCAAACAAGCUCAGUCGAAUCGAAGUAAAAAUUACGAAAAAUAUGUAAAAAGCAACAAAAAAUGUGUUUUACUUACAACAGAUGUCGCAUCCCGUGGUUUAGAUAUCCCAAAUGUUGACCUUGUGCUUCAGCUGGAUCCACCAUUGGACCCUAAAUCCUUUUCACAUCGCUGUGGUCGAGCAGGACGUGCAGGCCGUUCUGGAUUAGCUCUUGUUUUUCUAAAUGAAGGAAGGGAAGAAGAUUAUGAAGAGUUGCUGAGGGUACGUAAAGUACCUAUUAAACGAAUGGAUACUCCUGAAGCACUGUUGGAUCGAAAGCAUCUUGACGAAUUAACUAAAAACCUAAGGAGUAUUGUUACAAAAGACCGAGAUAUCUACGAGAAAGGGUUAAGGGGAUUUGUCUCUCAUGUGCGUGCAUAUACCAAGCACCAAGCAUCCUUUAUAUUUCGUAUAAAAGACAUGGAUUUACAUCAGCUAGCAACAGCUUAUUCUUUGUUACACUUACCUAAGAUGCCAGAGUUGAAAGAUGCUCCGACUGCCAAUGAUGUUUUUCAGCCAGUUGAUAUUGAUACCCGAGCAAUAGCUUUUCUUGACUCAUCUCGUGAACAAGCUCGCCAACGGAAACUUGAGGAACAAAAGAGUCAACCGGAGAAACCAAAAUUAGAAAGGAAGCCAAAAGCUGAAGCCUGGUCAAAACAAAAGGAGAUGAAAGAGAAGCGUCUUGUCCGUCGCGAAAAGCGGAAAUCAAGACGGGAAUUUGAUAAAACACAAAAGAGAGUAAAAAUGGAAGAAGAACAGCAAGGAACCCGAGAGAAUAGUUCUUCUGAUAAAGUAAAGCAUGGUCAAGAAGAUGACGUUUCCGACGAAGAAAAUCUUUCCGAGUUAGAAGAUGAUUAUCGUGCUUUGCAAAAAGAAAAGAAAAAACGAGGUUCCACUUCGAUUGCAUUUGAUGGCUUAUAAUCUUUUUUUGGGGAAUAAUAGGUUUUAGUGUAUGGUUAUAAUGGGAUUUAAAAGGCUAAUAAUAUGCACGAUUCGUGAUAAGUUUAGGAGGGAGUAAGCAAUUUAUUGUAUACUAAGAGUACAUGCGAUAGGGUGGAGUUUUGUUUGAUCGUUUCAAUAUACUUACCGCAUGGUUCUAUUUCAGUUGUAUGCUGUAAAAUAAUAGGAAGAUUGGUGAGAAUUUUGGUGAAAUCACUGACUUUGUACAAAGAAUUUGAUACUACGAGGGGAUACUUUUAUUUUCGUUUAUUUGGAUGGAUUUUGUUUAUUUAUACUCAAUUGCAGAUUACAAUUAUUAGCAAUAUUAUAUGCCUUUCC